AUGACGCACGGUAAAGUAUCGCGUGUUGUAGCGCGACUGUUGCGUCCUUUUCAUCACCGCAGCAAAGCGGAGAACGCAUCUGCCAUGCGCAAAAGUGGCUGUCUCGCAUCAUCAAUGACCAAUACUUCUUCCACUUGCUCCACAGCUUCCUUAACUUCACGGAGUAGCAUCAGUUUUCGCAAAGCUACGGCUGCACGUGUCUUUACAUUGAAGAGCAACAGUGACGGCAUUCCACACACGGUCAUGAUGCCGCUUGCAUUUUUUCGUCACAUGCGUGCACUUGUAGAGCAGACGAUGGCUCUUACGAUAGGUGAUCGGAUGCGAGCAAGUUGCAAAGGACACGAGCCUUCAUUCUCGGGCUCGAGAGCCAGUAUUCGUUGGAGAGGAGACUUUAGCACCAAGACUUUUGACAAGCUCAUUGUUAUUCUCACGGAGGACGAAGUGGAUGGGUUUGCUGCUUCGAUCAGCAGACGUUCAGCUAAGCCGGUGCCAUUGGAAACAGUGGCCAGAGCCAUGCUUCAGCUGUGGAAUUGUUGCAUCCAGAUACUGGAGAUACUUGCGGACGGUGCAAUUCCAGAGCCAUCUCUGAGGCAUACGAUAGCUCACUCGAAAGAUGUGGCACUAGCGGCUGCGACUGAGAAGCGACGUCGGCUGGAACAAUCAGCGUUAACAUUGCUUGUGUUGGUGAUCAGGAGACAAGAGUUGGAUGCUCUUUUGGUCACGGUAGGCCACGGCGGUUGCAAGUAUCACAAGCCUACAGAGGAGGCGGGACACACCAUGGCUCGAUUGUCGCGUCGUCUGUCGCGCAACUCGCGUCAAUCGCGUAAUAUUUACACAAAUGUCAAUAGCGGCAAUCGAUCUUUGCAAUUGGUGACUUCAAAGCGUCAUUCAAGGAAAAGUAAGAGAAGACAGGACCGCAAUCUCAGGCUAUGUGACGCUGUGCAUCGGUUCUUGGAGCUGCAUCAGUCGACGCUGGAGUAUGCGUUUGAGACGGUAUACGGUCCUGUUGACUGCAGUGGAAGAAGAAGUGAAUUCAAUCCGUUUGAUCAGCACCAGGAGCUUGUAUCGGCGUUGGUAGCUACAUCUUACAUGCGCGCACCGCCGCUGCGCAGCCACAUACUUGACCACUUGAGCAAUCUGGUACCAGCAUCGGCGUUGAGCAGUACCAACUCGGUUUCACGCUCUUUUCUUGAUUCUCGUGCUCGCGGCACGUCCUCGUAUGAAGAGAACCUGCGAUUGACGCCGUACAACUGGCACAACGGCGUGUACUCGCAGUGCCAGAAUCUCCUGACAACGGUGAACCGUGAAGAUUGUUGGGCUUCUUCAGCGCAAAGAUUGAGCCAGCUUAUGGUGGACUCGGACGGCGUCAUGCUAGUUCUUGCACAAAUCUUCGAGCAUCUCACCGGCCAUCAAGUUUUGGGACGUACCGAUUGGAAGUGUAUCCCUGGCGCCGCAGUGCUCAAAGACGCGACGUUAGAGAUCGUGAGAGGUGUCUUUCACACGGAACUACAACAACGCGAACCCAAAUGGCAAGAAGAUGUGGAGGAGGAAGUUGGCAACAAAACUGCUUCGGAUAGCAAAGAGGACGCUAUGCCAUACCGCGACACAUCCUCUCUGACGGACGGAGAUAUUGAAGAAGUUAACGCGCUGAGUGUGUACUUUGCUGUCCAGGUGACAUCGAUGAUGAACGAAAACGUAGAGUUCAUUCACGAGUAUUUGAUGACAAUCCUCCAAUCUACCAACUACAUGUUGCCACAUCACGUUACUCUGUGCCUGCAAUACAUGGAGAAACUCAUGUUGGACUUUCCAAUUUUCUUCUCGAGCGAGUCUUCUGCAGAAAAUCUUCUGGCUGUCGCGACCGUGGAGACCUCGAACCUGCACAGCCAACCCCAGCAGAAACAUUUAUGUGCCGACGUGGAGACACUGCGCUAUGUUUUUUCUUGUCUUUUGGAUUCAGAGCACUUUGAGAUCUUGAAGGCAACCGAGCUGUUUCUACUGAGAAACUUCAUGAGCCUUUCGGUCUUGUUGCAACUUCAGCUGACGGACUUGUUUGCAUUGCAUCUGAAGCGGCUAUUUCUACAUUGGAAUCAUGACGUUCGUUAUUGCUACUACCAUAUCCUGUUGUAUCUGACAUAUCCUGGCAAUCGCUUGGUGCUUGGGGCUAAAUCGGAUGAAGUUCUCAUGGGUUCAGAGGCUUCCCGACUAUUUGAAAUACCUGGUCUUGUGCGCAAUGGAGAUACCGUCAACUGGGACGCAUUCGAUACGCCACUUGUUCAAAUUGUUACACGCUAUUUACAAAUGCUAAAACGUCGAUCUCGUGUACAACAGCCAUCUACAUGGGUCGACGCAGUCCCUGAAUCGAUUGUGUAUCGUGCUGUGAGCGAGUACAAGACACACGUAAUAACGUACUUUACGUAUGCUCAGAAGCUAUCGAUGCACCAGCGCGUACCUACACCUGUUUUCUCCGUCAAGACUGGAGAGAAUGAUCCAUCUUCUGCCGAUACUGAUCGUCCUCGUGCCGUGACAUUAUUAGCUUGA